AUUCUUCUCCGAAUCUUCCGCUUGUUUUCUGCCCCAACCAUAAAAAGUGCCCGAAAAAUGGCAACUGAAGCUGUCUACGGAAGUUGGGAUAGUCCGAUCACACCAGAUCUCUUCGGAAAAUGUAAUUGCAAGUCUAUCUGCGAGAUGCAAGUUGUCGGUGGCAAUGUCUACUGGAUUGAACAGAAUUCAGUAACUGGAAAACGAGAGCUUUACUCAAAACCAACGAAUGGAGAUACUCGUACACGCUGGGCUGAUGGUCAAUCUGUUCAAACUGCAAUUCACGAGUACGGAGGAGGUGCUCUACAUGUUCUUGCUGAUGGAUCAGUGCUGUUUGCUACGAUCGAAGGAGUUUUCUAUCAAAAGUCGGCGGAUUCCGGAGUUGAGCAAUUGGCAGAAGGAAAUAAUCGAAUGUUUAGAUUCUCCGACUUCUCAGCCACUGACACCCAUGUAUUUUGUGUUAAUGAAACCCACCAAGCUGAUGCAAAAUUUCCCGAAAAUCGACUAAUCUCCAUCGACCGAGCAACCAAGAAUCAAAACGUCAUAGCUCACGGAGCCGACUUUUACGCCUAUCCAAGAGUCUCCCCGGAUGGAAAAAAGCUUGUCUGGAUGCAAUGGAGCCUUCCAAAUAUGCCAUGGGACGAGACAUCCAUCCGAAUGGCUGAUCUCAAAGGUGGAGAAUCCAGCAAUGAGGUGACGCUGAAGGACGGAACUGGAAAACAAAUCAACUAUUCCGAACCAACUUGGGAUGGUGAUGAGCUUUUAACUGUGAAUGAUAGCACAAACUGGUGGAAUGUGUAUAAAUCAGCUGCAGAGCCAAAUUCCGUCGAGAAGAACCUGAAUCCAAUUCAACGAGAGAUCAGCUACCCGCUUUGGCAGCUUGGUUUCAGAAAUUAUGUUCUGAAUAAAAAAUAUUUGGUAAUGAACGCAGACGGAAUUUUGUAUGUCCGAUCGGGAGAUGUUACUGUAGAGAUUCCAACUCCAGGCUAUACUGUAUUUGGAUAUCUUUCACUCGACCAGAAUGGUUCUGAUCUUUUCGCAAUUGCUUCUGGACCAAAACGAGCUUCAAGCGUUAUUUCCAUCGAUCUCGCGAACAAAAAUUUCCCAUUAAAAGUUCAUCGCGAAUCCCGAGAUUCUUCGGAAAUCGACGCUCUCGAGAUUUCGGAACCAGAAGAAUUUGUGUUCAAAUCGGAUGGAGUUGAUGUUUCUGGUUAUUUUUAUCCACCGAAAAACUGUUCAUAUUCUGCUCCAGCUGGAACACUUCCUCCAGUUUUACUUCUCGGACAUGGUGGCCCGACGGCUCCAGCUCAGAAUAAUUUGGAUCUUAAAAAACAGUUCUUCACGUCGAGAGGUAUUGCUGUUUUUGAUGUAAAUUAUCGAGGAUCAACUGGAUUUGGAACUGAAUUCCGGAGAAUGCUUUAUAAAAAUUGUGGAGUAGCUGAUAGAGAUGAUAUGUUGAAUGGAGCAAAAGCACUUGUUGAGCAAGGAAAAGUGGAUGCCGAAAAAGUUCUGAUCACUGGAAGUUCAUCUGGAGGGUAUCUGAUUCUGAGCUGUCUUAUCUCACCGAAAAAUAUCAUAAAAGCAGCAGUUUCUGUGUAUGGAGUUGCUGAUCUAUUGGCUUUAGAUGAAGAUACUCAUAAACUGGAAAGAUGUUACAAUGAGAUGCUUAUCGGAAAAUAUCCUGAGCAAGCGAGCAUUUACGAAGAAAGAAGUCCCAUUUAUCAUAUUGAUAAAAUUAGAACUCCUAUUGCAUUCUUGCAUGGAAGGGAGGAUACGGUAGUACCGAUGAGCCAAUCUAUCACAAUGUAUGAGAAGAUCCGUGCUAGUGGAGUUACAACUGCUCUGAUGCUUUUCGAUGGAGAAGGACAUGGAUUUAGGAAUGGACAAGUGAUCAAGGAAAGCACCGAAGCCACUUUCUACUUUUUGAUGAAGGCCGUUGGAAUUGAACCAUCAAUUAGUUCGAAGAUCGAAAUUGUUAAUCCGAAGCAUUAGAUUUGUUUUUGUUUAAAUUGUUAUCUAUAAAAUUUCAGCUUUUAAAAAAUGCAUUGCUUUAUUUAUUUGAAAACCAAAUAAAUUAUAGAAAUUAAUA